CCAGAUCACGAGAAACCGUAUUUCUCUCCCCGCCUUGGUUAAUUGUAUUACCUGGUUCUCUCUCUCUCUAGAGCAACAAUGGCUGCGGCUGCUUCGUCCCUGACUAUCGCGUCGUCGUUCUCCGAACCAAGGACUCAGAUCCAUUCCUCGAAGCGCUCGAACCUCCCUCUUCAAUAUUCCAUCCCGUACAAGGCCGAUUCUCGGAGCAGGAGUAGAAGAUUGGGACUCGUCGUCAGUUCCGUUUCAGCGCCCAAAGUUGAGCUCCGUACUGGACCCGAUGAUCUCAUUUCCUCCCUCCUCUCUAAGGUUGCGAACAGCGAUGGAGGUGUGACACUGAGCCCGGAGCAACACAAGGAAGUGGCACAAGUAGCUGGAGAGCUUCAAAAGUAUUGUGUAAACGAGCCUGUUAAAUGCCCUCUCAUUUUCGGAGAUUGGGAUGUGGUGUACUGUUCUAGACCGACCUCUCCUGGUGGAGGCUACAGGAGCGUGAUAGGCCGACUCUUCUUCAGAACGAAAGAGAUGAUCCAAGGCAUUGAUUCUCCUGAUAUCGUUAGGAACAGAGUUUCCUUCACUGCUUUGGGUUUUCUUGACGGAGAUGUCUCCUUGACAGGGAAGCUGAAAGCGUUGGACAGUGAGUGGAUUCAGGUGAUAUUCGAGCCUCCGGAACUCAAGGUCGGAUCUUUGGAGUUUAAAUACGGGUUCGAAAGCGAAGUGAAGCUUCGGAUCACAUACAUUGACGAGAAACUUAGGUUGGGGUUAGGCUCUAGAGGAUCAUUGUUCGUCUUUAGAAGGCGUCAAUAAUACAUUUUAUACUUCGGUGUCCAUUUUGUUUUUCCUCUUGCAUCAACCAAUGCAAUUCACUACAGAAAUGAAGAAACAUAUGGGCACCAACGAGAGUGUGUAAGGGUCCUAAACCACAAAGCUACAUGAAAUGGUGUUUUAGAUGGAAUUGUGUUGUACUGUAAAAACUUCAUUCCAAAAGUGUCUCACUUCAGAUGAGUUGUUGACGAAGCUACAUCUUACCAGUUA